AUGUCUUUCCCUAAAGCCGCUUUGGACGGUUUGGUGGAAAGUUCCACACUCGCUCCUGAUCCUUACUCCAAGCCUAGCGUUUAUUAUGGACCUCAAAACGACCCCUCCAAACUGGCUACUCAUGGAAAUAAGAAAUCAAGAGCAUACUCAAUUUCCACUGCAAAAAUAUCUGAAAUCCCAAUGUUGAAACGCCGUGGAUCACAAGAUGAAAUCACCAAGCCUCGGCAGUUUCUUAUUAAUGUCGACGAAACUCUUAAAAAUCUUCUUGAUUCCGAAGACACUGACAACAACUUCCAAAUUACAAUCGACGAUGAAGGACCUAAGGUUUUAAGUGUCGGUACAGUCAAUUCGCUUGGAUAUAAUAAAGCAGAGAUUCGUGGCACAUAUAUGCUUUCCAAUUUACUUCAGGAGCUUACCAUGGCACAAAAAAUGGGCCGUCAUCAAAUCAUUCUCGACGAGGCUCGCCUUAACGAGAAUCCCGUGGCCCGACUCUCUCGUCUCAUUCAAUAUCAAUUUUGGGACUCCUUGACCCGCAGAAUCGACAAGGAUAUGAUUGAUAUUAUUGCAGUUGAUCCUAAAAAUCGAGGCCCAGAUUCUCGACCACGUAUCUAUGUUCCCUAUUCCGAAAAAGAGCAGUACGAGUAUUACACCAAAAUUUCAAAAGAAAGACCUGAUCUCAAGCUCGACGUUGUCUAUCUCCCUGAAAAAAUCACGCCAGAGUGGGUUAAAAAUAUCAAUGAAACUCCUGGACUUUUGGCUCUUGACAUGGAAAAAUCAACAGAUCAAGAUGGAAACGUCUCUCUAAAGGGAGUUCCCUAUGUUGUUCCAGGUGGUCGAUUUAAUGAAUUUUACGGAUGGGACUCGUACAUGAUUGCGCUGGGUUUGCUGGUCAAUGACCGCGUAGAUUUGGCUAUGGGUAUGGUCAAAAACUUCGUUUACGAGAUUAAGCAUUACGGCAAAAUUUUAAAUGCAAAUCGAUCUUAUUAUUUAUGUCGGUCUCAACCUCCAUUCUUGACAGACAUGGCUUUGAGAGUUUACAAACAAAUUAAAGGAACUCCUGGUGCCAAGGAUUUUUUAAAAAAUGCCAUGUAUGCUGCCAUAAAAGAGUACAACACGGUAUGGACCUCUGAGCCAAGAUUGGAUCCUAUCACGGGACUUUCAAGGUACCGCCCAGACGGUUUGGGUAUCCCUCCUGAAACAGAAUCUUCUCACUUUGAGCAUUUGUUGUUACCUUACACCAAAAAGUACAAUCUUUCAUUCAAAGAGUUUACCGAAAAGUAUAAUGACGGGAUCAUCAAAGAGCCUGACCUUGAUAUUUACUUUUUGCAUGAUCGUGCUGUCCGCGAGUCUGGCCACGACACCUCUUAUCGUUUAGAAGGACGGUGCGCUGAUAUGGCAACAAUUGAUCUAAAUUCGCUUCUCUAUAAAUACGAGUCAGACAUAGGUGCUACUAUUCGGGAUGAGUUUAGCGACCAAUUAGAAAUGCCCGAUGGUACUAUUGAAAGCUCUGCUAAGUGGGAGUCUUUUAAAAACAAGAGGAAGAAUGCUUGUGACAAGUACUUAUGGAAUGAACAACGAGGCAUAUAUUUUGAUUAUGAUACUCGGUUAAAACAACAGUCCGACUACGAGUCAUGUACUACCUUUUGGGCGCUAUAUGCAGGUCUUGCUACACCAGAACAAGCAGCGAGCCUUGUCAAAAAUGCAAUUCCUCUUUUUGAAGAACCAGGUGGUUUAGUUGCAGGAACCCGAAAGUCGCGCGGCGAAGUAGGUAUUGACCGGCCUAAUCGCCAGUGGGACUACCCCUACGGGUGGGCCCCACAACAAAUAUUGGCCUGGAUUGGUUUGCUAAGAUACGGCUACAACAAGGAAGCCCUUCGUCUGAUUUACAAGUGGCUUUACAUGAUGACUAAAGCGUUUGUUGAUUUCAACGGAACAGUGGUCGAAAAGUACGAUGUCACACAUUCCUCUCACCCUCAUCUUGUCGAUGCAGAGUAUGGCAAUCAAGGGGGUGAUUUUAAAGGUGUUGCCACUGAAGGCUUUGGAUGGGUUAAUGCAUCCUACGUUCUAGGUCUCAGUCUGAUUAACAGUAAGGCAAAUAGAGCGCUGGGUACGCUAACUACGCCAGAAAUUUUUAUCAAAUCGGAAGAAGACGAAGAAAAAGAAAAAGAAAAAGACUUGGAAUAG